UCUCCAACGACCUGUGUUAAUACCGCCAAAUGUGCAUGAAGUUCCUCAAAUUACAUUCCCAAGCCGGAAUUAAACAUCGUUUGAUUUAACUAGGCCCUAAAGGAUCUCAAGACUGGAGAAUCCCCACGCAUGCAUAGUCUUGGUGCUCCAGGAGUUUCUGUGGCCGUCACCUGACUUCAAACCAGCAGAAAGACCUGGCCAGAAUGAGGAGAGAACUACCACACUCCGUGCAGCUGUGACUCUGAGGAGCCUUUGGAUCAGCGGGGCCGUGGAUCACACAUGUUUGUGGGGACGAAGCGGUUUUGGGGACGAAGCGGUUUUGGGGACGCAGGACUUAUCAGAGACGCAGGACUUUUUUGGGGGGGGGGAUUGUGGGGACCCUUGAGGACGGCGUAAGGACGCAGCAGCUGCCGCCAUGAUCGACCUGAGUCACCUGACGGAGGAGGAGCAAGGGGUCAUCAAAGAGGUCCUGAGGAGGGACGCCGAGCUGAAGAAAGCUGAGGAGGAGCGCGUCAAGCAGCUCCAGUCUCUGCUGAUUGAGGAGAACAAACUCAAGUACAUGACGGGCGAGUGGUUCUACGAGGUGAAGUCCCAGCGGCACCAGGACCGCAUCCACGGGUCCGAGAUCAUCUGGGCCUCCAUGAGGCAGAAGAAACAAGAUUUCACCAGAAGUCUGGAGAGACCCCGGCGUGGCAGUGGGAUAGAUGGUGCCAUGGCGACACUGAAGCCUUACUCACAGCAGACGAUCGAAGCCCAGGAGCAGAGUGACAGGAAAAGUGAGAGUCUGCCGUCAGAGGCUCGUCGGGACUCCCUGAGGCUGUCUAUGCGCUCCCCCAAGCUGAGGCAUAACCCGUUUAAUAACGUACAAGUGGAGUUUGAUACAGAGAGGCCUCAUCCUCAGCUGUCCAAUGGGACUCAGAGUUCUAGCAAAACACAGGAGCGAGAGAUUCUCUCUUCCCAGAGAGAGCUGGUCAGGGAGGUGAAAGUUGAGGAACCCGAGGCACCAGCAAAGCGACCGGCCCCGGUGCCGAGAAAGAGAACCAAGCUGCCCAGGACAAUGAGCUCAGGCACAGAGAGCAGCAGGUCAGGGGUCACGAGCCCCACGACCUCUAUGACCUCCAUGACCCGCGGCAUCCUGAAGCCGGCCUCCAGCUGCAGUUCUGUCGACUCCCACCAGAGGGAGCCUUCGGGGGUGGAGGCGGUGCAGGAGAGUGAACCAGGGGGGUUGCAGAGGAGGGAGGAGGAGAGAGAGGAAGAAGUGAUGCGGGUUGAGAGGAGAGAUGAGGGGAAACGGCGCUUUGUACCAGUGUCAGUUGAAGACAGUCCAGAGGAACGGCGGACAUCAGAGGAGAUGACUCAGCAGCACACGGUCAUCUCACAGGCAGAUGGAGUUCAGCAGAGAGAGAUCACUUCAAGGUCGCAUGAAGGUCACCUGAGAGAGGCCACCUCAAGGUCAAAUGCAGCUCAGCAGAAGGAAGCCACCUCAAGGGCAGAUGAAGGUCAUAUGAGCGAGACCCUGCCUCAGAUGAGCCGGCCCAAAACUGAUGUUUCCCGAGGCAUGGGCCUAUCGGUAUUCUCGCAGCCAGAGGCCUGGAAGCCGUCUGUGGGCAAAGCACAGCGCCUCUCCACCUCCCCCGGCUCUAGCGGGGCCAAGACUGUAUGGGCACCCAACCCAGACCAGCUGCCCCGAGAGAAGCCUGCCUCCCAGAUCGCACAGCACGGGUGGAGAGAGUCCAGCACUGAGAGGUCACAGCUAAUAAAAGACAACCAAGACCUCCCAGCAAAGGAUACCAACACAGACUCACUCAAGACUGUAGAAGUAGGUACAAUGCAGGAAUCAAAGAGGACUCCCCUCCCAUCUACACUAGAUGUGGUGGAGAAGCCAGCUGACACUGAAAGAUCCAAAUCCCCUGUUGCACCGGUCUCGAAGACCUCUAAGCUCACAGUGGAGGAGGGGGACUCCAUCGCCAAGGUACUGGAGUGGUUUAACAGGAGCACCGACAGCAGCAACCGGCAUGACACAGACUCUGUUCAUGACCUGGAGGAUACCAAGGAUGACAUCACAGACUCAGAGGAGGAGGCCAAAGCAGUGGUGGUAAAGCCAGCGGCAAACGUUUACACCAUAAUCCCCAGGCAGGAGAAGCCCAAGGAGAAGAAGAAGCUAAUCCCGGAUGAUAUCUGCUGGGCGGAUGAGCAGAGCGUGGACCUCUCUGAUGAGGCUCCAGAACAGAGGGACGCCCAGAGAGAGAGCCCCACCAUCACAGUCCGUCCGUUUCAGCCCGGUGUGAGCAGGGAUGGCUCCUACCAGCUCCAACCAGCUGCAAACACUGUGCCCACACCAGAGACCACCUACCAAACACAACACUUCAGCCAAUCCCCACCCCAGCCAGAGACUAGCUACCAGCCACAACGCUCCACCCAAUCACCACUCCAAACAGACACCACCUACCAACCACAGCACUUCAGCCAAUCCCCACCCCUGCCAGAGACUAGCUACCAGCCUCAACGCUCCACCCAAUCACCGCUCCAAACAGAGACCACUUACAAAUUCAAAUCUUCAAUUCAGUCACCCCUCCAAAAAGAGACUAGCCACCAAUCCAAACACUCAAUUCAAUCCCCACUUCAAACAGAGAGUAGAUACCAAUCCAAACGCUCAAUCCAAUCACCACCCCAAACAGACACCACCUACCAAUCCAAAUCAUCAAUCCAGUCACCACUCCAAACAGAGACCACCUACCAAUCCAAAUCAUCAAUCCAGUCACCACUCCAAACAGAGACCACCUACCAAUCCAAAUCAACAAUCCAGUCACCACUCCAAACAGAGGCCACCUACCAAUCCAAAUCAUCAGUCCUAUCACCACUCCAAAAAGAGACUAACUACCAAUCAAAGCGCUCAAUUCAGUCACCAAUCCAACCAGAGACAAGCUACCAAUCCCAACGCUCCAUCCAAUCCCCACUUCAAAGAGAGACAACCACAGAAACAAACAGAACAACAUACCAAUCCAAACAUCCCAUCCAGUCUGCAGUUAAAACAGAAACAACUUACCAGCCGCAACGUCCAGUCAGUCCUACGCCCAACAAAGAGGCAACAAUCCAGGCCCAUCCUCCAGUCCACUCAGUGCUCAAGACAGAAACAGCAUUCAAAGUGGAGCAGUACAGGCCUGAGGCACAGAAGCAGGGUACUCCCAGACUAGAGGAGGUCCCUGUCCCAAGGGGACCCGAGGCAAAAGCUAGAGGUAUCACCCGUCAGGACAGCCAGGAAGAGAGGCCGAAAAUCGCCAACCUGAAGUCCUUCUGGGAGAAGGGCAUCAGCGGCCCAAAGAUCCUGAUCAGCAGAACGAACUUAAACGCGGACAAGAAAACGAUGCCUGAUCCACAGAUGGACCUUGGACAGACUGGCAGAGAUCAAGUUGAAGAACCACUGAAGUCUGUCCAGAAUUUUGAAAUUAGGUCCAUGAGCACCUCCUUAAACCCCCGCAAUGAAGAGAAACCACAGAGGAAGCAGAUUAUAGAAAUAAAGGCAUACGAGGAGAGGGGAAUUGAGGUCACGCCAAUUGAACAAAAGUAUAUGAAUGUAAAGCCUGAGGAUGAGAGGGUUUCAGAAAGGACAUCUUCUACUCAGAGGAGUGAUACAUUUGAGGCAAGCAGUCGUAUCAAGAAAGAUGUUACCUCCUCAGAGGUGAGGACAUCCCCAUUUCCUCUCCAUACCAGCCGAUUUGCAAAGAGGGUGAGUGAAGAGGCCAUGAAGUACUCCCAUACCCCUUUAAGCGAAGACACCACAAAGUACUCCCAUGCCCCUGCAAGUGGAUACACCAUGAAGUACUCCCAUACCUCCACAAGUGAAGAUGCCAUGAACUACCCCCGUACUGAAGAUGGGAUGAAAAGUGGAGAUGCCAUUAAGUACUCCCGUACGGCCAAUGAGCCUCCUGCUCCCUCAGCCCGUCCAGAAGCAGUCCCGAAAGCUGAAGAACGUGAUGAGGAAACGCCACCUGGAUCGAGAUCUCUGUCAAGAACAAGCACCCCGGUUCUUCCUUCAAGUCCAGUGUUGCCGGCCAAGCAGAACACCCAGCUUUUAGAGAACCGGAGAGAGAGGUUAAAGCAGCUCAAGUCUUUUUGGGAGAGUGAAGUAGGUGAAUCCAAACUCUAUAGUGGCAGAUCAAGAGACACAGAGAGCAAGUCGAACCAGUCCUUUGGCUCCUCCUCUCUGAAUAAAAGGUUCACUAAGUCUGCUUUUGACCUGAGAUCCAUGGGCCUCAGUUUCAACGAUGAUUUCGAUGAUGCCUCAGAAGAGCACAGCUUUUCCGGUUUCACUAUGAAAGAUAAGACUGAGAAACCAGCUCCAGGAGACACCAAUUUUAGGAGUCUCAAAACCUUCUGGUCAGGAUCUCCCACAGUGCAAACCAGAUCAAAGUCCCCAACAUCCAAGGACAGGCUCCAAGGGUCCAAAAGCCCCCCAGCAAAGCCUCACGAAAUGGCUGGAGCUCCACGGGCGGCUUCCCCACAACAGUGGAAGCCCAACCCCAACUCAACUUCCUCAUACCGAGUGUCAGACGAGAUGUCGGAUAAGUCCUAUGGAAGGCCCAGGGAAGAGAGCUGGCACAGCAAAGCAUCUUCAGCCAAUCGAGAAGAACACCCCGCUUCCCCCUCACUGAAGAGCCGACACAAAAGCAGGGAUGAAGGUGGCACCAGCAGCCGAAGGGCCUCGGUAGACAGCAGGUCAGGCAAGUCAAGCCACAGAACCUCCAGUGUGGAACCAGAGCAGAAUCGAAAGACAGCGCCUCAACAUCAGUCCCGCCGGAACUCGGAGCAGGUGUCCCUCAGCAGCGCCCUUGGCCUGAAGAAUCGAUCGGGUCAGCAGCCACGCAGAACCAGCACAGGGAACCUGAACGAAAGAGCUGGCAGCAUGCGCAGGGCUAGUAGCAUGUACUCCCUGGCCGUCAGGGAGGACGAGGAGCAGACCUCGCCCAAGCCCUCAAAGAGGGGCCAAGAGCUAAGCUCCACAAAGCCCAAGAAGAUGCCAGAGUUUGGCCUGAGCUUCGCCAAGAAGGCGUCCGAGGUGGGGAGGAGCAGGGAGAAGCUGAACGAGAGGCGGCCAUCUAAUGAGAGGCGGCCGUCGCGGACGUACGAGGACAGCGAUUCGCAGCCGCUGGCGCGCUCCUUCAUCCCACGGGACUACCAGCACUACUUGGGCAUCCCGGACAAGACAGGCACGUGCCCAGCGGCAGCACCGCCCCCAGAGCCGCAGGAGGAGGUGUGCACGUCCUUCUCUGACCAACAGGGCUGCGAGUGGAGCCACAGUGGCUGUCCGGCCCGGUCCAGCACGCCCGUCGGGACAGAGGAGGUGGGCGGGAGGAGGGGCAGCCUGGGGCCACGCCCCACUUACAGUGUACCAACCAAUGAGGAGUUCAACCAGGAGUCUCCAAGGAGCAGCAUCUCAGGGAGCUGGACGUCCUCACGGAAAAACUCCAAGUGUGAGGAGGAUCUUGACGGUCCAGUUCAAAGGGCCCUUAGGAGGGCAGGGAUCCGGCCUACCUUCACCAAGAGCCUGGAAGACAUCACCGCGGCAACAGGGCCAGAGAGGGAAAGUGAGAAGGCCAGCAUCUUCAUGCACAGUAGUGGCGAUGCCUCCCCGUCCGCCUCCACCCUGACCUCCUCCUUCUCGGAGUCGGAGCACAUGAGGAGGAUGAGCAAGUCAGUGCCCUCGUUCCUGCAGGAGGAUGCCUCAGAUGACAGUGAUUCAGUGGAGAGCAGCUUAAGAGGGCGUCGGCCUCAAAGAGUGGGCGUGUCCUUCACUAACCUCAGCGGUUCCUCUGGCAUGGCGUCUGUCUCGUCCGUAAGCGGGAGUGUUAUGAGUGUGUGCAGUGGGGACUUUGGUGGAGUUGAAGUCCAGGGUACCAUCCAGUUCACACUCAACUACGUGCAGAAGCUGAAGGAGUUCCACAUCUUCGUGGUGCAGUGCAAGAACCUGGCCGUAGUUGAUUCCAAGAGGAACCGCUCCGACCCAUACGUGAAGAGUUAUCUCAUACCUGACAAAGCCGGCCUUGGCAAACGCAAGACAUCUGUGAAGAAGAAGACGGUUAACCCCUUGUUCAAUGAGAUUCUUCGGUAUCGGGUCCGAAUAGAUUACCUGAAGAGCCAGGUGCUCAACCUGUCUGUAUGGCACCAUGACACGUUUGGGAAGAACAGCUUCUUAGGUGAGGUGGAGAUGGACCUGUCUGUGUGGGACUUCAACAACACCCAGAUGAACUACAUGUCCCUCAAAGCCAGGACGACAUCCAGCACUCAUCCCACAGAGUACAGAGGGGAGAUGAGACUGGCCAUUCGCUACCUGCCCCAGAUGUCUUACUCCAAAACGCCCUCAAACUCUGGUGAAGUUCACAUCUGGGUGAAAGACUGCAAGAAUCUCCCACUUGUCCGAGGAGCGACUAUCGACCCCUAUGUGAAGUGUUUUGUGCUGCCUGACACAAGCAGGAAGAGUCGCCAGAAGACACGGGUUCUGAAGCGGACGGACUGCCCUGUCUUCAACCACACCAUGGUGUACGACGGCUUCCAGCCAGAGGACCUGAAAGAAGCCUGUGUCGAGCUCACUGCCUGGGACCGGGACCGGCUGGCCAAUCACUUCCUGGGAGGCUUGAGGCUCGGACUGGGCACUGGGAAGAGCUACGGUGCGCUGGUGGACUGGAUGGACUCCACUGGCCUGGAGGUGGCGCUGUGGGAGCGGAUGAUGGAUUCCCCAACUGAAUGGGUGGAGGACGUGCUGCCCCUCAGAGUUCUGAUGACACACGCAAACAAAUAAAUAACCAACAAACAACGUUUUUUUUUUUUUGUUUUUAAACAAACAACCAAAAGACUAAUGCCUGCGCUAAACUCAUCUUACAUACACAGAAAGCACACAGAAAGCUAAUCUGACUCGUAUUUAACUGCAGUUUAAUUAAAGCUUUGCCUGCUAAAACUCUCUCUAAUAGUUCAGGUGUGCCACUGUGGUAUUGGCUGUAUGCUUUACAGGAUGCAUGUGUCUGAAUGUAUGUGUCUGACCACUGAUGCAUGUGCCUGUAUGUAUCCACCUGAUCUGACCACUGCUCAUUGGCAGUGUACCUGGAUGCAUAUUUUCAAGAAGUGGUCAUUACCAGUGCCUAUGAAUGCAUCUCUUUAAGAAGUGGCCAUUUCCGGUGCCUAUGUGCACACCUUUACAAAGUGGUCAUUACCAGUGAUGCAUCUCUUUAAGAAGUGGUCAUCACCAGUGAUGCAUCUCUCUAAGAAGUGGUCAUUACCAGUGAUGCAUCUCUUUAAGAAGUGGUCAUUACCAGUGAUGCAUCCCUGUAAGAAGUGGUCAUUACCAAUGCCUAUGGAUGCAUCUCUUUAAGGAGUGGUCAUUUCUAGUGAUGCAUCUCUUUAAGAAGUGGUCAUUACCAAUGCCUAUGGAUGCAUCUCUGUAAGAAGUGGUCAUUACCAGUGCCUAUGGAUGCAUCUCUUUAAGAAGUGGUCAUUACCAGUGCCUAUGGAUGCAUACACUGAAUUUGGGUUGUGGUCAUUAACAAUGCCCCUGCAUGCAUAUUU